CUCGGCUCUGCCGACAGAGGCAGUUGCGUAGGUUGAGGUCCACUGUAAUUUUCCAGGUAAUUUGUCCCUGAUGAAGCACCGUAGCUUUCCAAGAGGAGAAAACACUUGAGGAGUGUUAUGUGCAGCCAAUCGUCUGUACAACUCCGCAAGACUACAACAAGGCUAAGAGUGGGAGGGAGGACUCGGGAAGCAAAACAUGGCGAAAUAACAAGUUUGUCUGAUAGCCGCUGUUUGAAGCUGCACCGUGUCUGUAGUGUUGGACUACAACUACAAAGUCAUACAAUUUGGACGCUGGAGAAGGGAAGCAACGCGUAAGAGUCGAGGGCCCCAGUUUACAAGUAUUACGGUGGCUGUCGAGAAAAUAGUGCCUGCCUGCCUGUCUGUCUGUCUGUGCUUUCCCCGGAAGGUUGGCAGUGCUAGGCGCGACUAUCAACACAGAAAAUGGACGAAGAAGGAAAGUUUAUUCUGGAAAAGACUAUUUAGCCGACCAGUUUAGCUACAUUGGAUUAAUCGCACGCACCUGACUCGGUAUACGGAUGAACGUGCGCUCUGGUCGAAAUUGAGGAAUAUUUUAAGACGUUAACAAGUUUGACAACUGCACUCGCAAAUAAUCGUAUUUUCAAACGAGGCCAUUAUUUUCAUUUUCCGCACUUUUCUUAAUAUUCUUGGAGGACCUCUGUAUUGACAGUCGGUUCUGGUGCGGUGCGGACGGACCCGGACGCCAUCACAUCAGACGUUGCGUUCUCCUUAAAAACAACCAUUGCGUUGCUAAGCCGUAAAUGUUAUUUUCUACUUUAACAGCGUAACAAGGAAUGUUUCAGUGGCACACCAUACCUAUGUAGUAGUUUUCCUCCGCGACACGCAACAUUUUUAUCACCGAUAACAUUAGCUGAAUGUUGUACAGCAGCAGAGACGCGGGGUCUCGUUAAAAUGAAUGCAGCAAGGUGUUCAACAACAGUGGAGGUGCAUCGCAUUGAAAACCUGCCAGUUGUUAGAACGGUACCGAUGGCCGGCUAACGGUGACGUUAACAGUUUGUUGAAAUCUCUUAAGUUGAAUGUGUUUUGAUCAGAUACUGUAAACGGCAUUCAGUAAAACAACUGCGAAUAACAUUACAGCUCUCGGCCAGAGUUGACGUGAGCUAGUCAGCUGGGUGCGUCUGUGUGGCAGCUCAAUCUGCGAUGUGUUUGCUAAUCUAAGUGCUAACGUUACCGUGCUGUUCCGCAACAGUUUCAGCAUAUUGGACAGCCCGUUUGCUAUAUUUAAUCUCUAGAGAAGUCCUUGCAAGAUCGCUUUAGCAGCCACUUAACAUUUUCCCCAAGUACCUCUUGUCAAAUAGCUGGCUAACUUGUUAGCUAAGGUUCUAAGUUUCGCCAGCUAUGUCUGAAAACGCCCCCACACGAAGCCUGGAUGACAUAGACCUCGCAGCUCUGAGGGAUCCAGCAGGAAUCUUUGAGCUGGUUGAGGUGGUCGGCAAUGGGACGUAUGGUCAGGUAUACAAGGGCCGUCAUGUGAAGACAGGCCAGCUGGCUGCCAUCAAGGUGAUGGAUGUUACAGAGGAGGAAGAAGAGGAGAUCAAAGCGGAAAUCAACAUGCUGAAGAAAUACAGCCACCACCGCAACAUAGCCACAUACUACGGUGCCUUUGUCAAGAAGAGUCCACCAGGACAUGAUGACCAACUUUGGCUGGUGAUGGAGUUCUGUGGGGCGGGAUCGGUGACCGACCUGGUGAAAAACACUAAAGGCAGCUCUCUGAAGGAGGACUGGAUCGCUUACAUCUGCAGAGAGAUCCUAAGGGGCCUUUCUCACCUCCACGCCCAUAAAGUUAUCCACAGAGACAUCAAGGGCCAGAACGUGCUGCUAACGGAGAAUGCAGAGGUCAAACUUGUUGAUUUUGGUGUGAGUGCUCAGUUGGACAGGACUGUUGGGCGUAGGAACACCUUCAUCGGAACACCUUAUUGGAUGGCACCUGAGGUUAUUGCCUGUGACGAGAACCCUGACUCCACCUAUGACUACAGGAGUGAUAUCUGGUCCUUGGGGAUCACAGCCAUUGAGAUGGCAGAGGGAGCUCCUCCCUUGUGUGACAUGCACCCGAUGAGAGCCCUCUUCCUGAUUCCCAGGAAUCCCCCUCCAAAACUUAAAUCAAAAAAAUGGUCCAAGAAAUACAUUGACUUUAUAGAGGGCUGUCUCGUGAAGACAUAUACCAGCCGACCAUCCACAGAGCAGCUUCUCAAGCACUCCUUCAUCAGGGACCAGCCCACUGAGCGCCAGGUCCGAAUUCAGCUCAAAGACCAUAUUGACCGUACGCGCAAGAAAAGGGGAGAGAAAGAAGAAACAGAGUAUGAGUACAGUGGUAGUGAUGAAGAGGAUGAAAAUCGUGGAGAUGACCGAGAGUCAAGUUCAAUCCUCAAUGUGCCCGGUGAGUCCACCCUGAGGCGGGACUUCCAGCGUCUGCAGCAGGAGAACAAAGAGCGCUCGGAGGCUCACAAGAGACAGCAGGCCCAACUGGCUGCUCAGCGUAGGGACCCUGAGGAACACAAGAGGCAACUGUUGCAUGACCGACAGAAACGCAUUGAAGAGCAGAAGGAACAGCGUCGCCGACUUGAAGAGCAACAGAGGAAAGAGCGAGAGAUGGUGAGGCAGCAAGAAAAAGGUCCCCAUCGGAGACUUGACGAUAUGAGACGGGAGGAAGAUAGAAGGUUGGCUGAGAGGGAGCAGGAGUAUAAGCGCAAGCAGCUGGAGGAACAGCGUCAGUCAGAGCGACUGCAGAGGCAGCUGCAGCAGGAGCAUGCUUACCUGGUGUCUUUGCAACAACAGCAGCAAGAAAAGAAGCCCCAGCUCUACCACUAUAACAAAAACCUGGAGCCCAACAACAAACCUACCUGGGCCCGUGAGGUGGAGGAGCGAAGUAAGCUCAACAGACAGGGCUCACCCAAAAUCUGCACCACUGUCUCUGACACUGCCAUCCAGUUGCGCUCUGACUCAAUCAGCCAAUCAGGAGGGGCCCAGUCUGCUCAGACCCCACCAAUGCAGAGGCCUGUUGAACCCCAAGGGGGGCAGGGAAAGUUCCAGAUGGCUCACUUGGUUCCAUUGAAGCCUUAUGCUGCCCCUGUCCCUCGUUCCCAGUCCCUCUGUGACCAGCCCACUAAGACCAUGUCUGCAUUCCCCACCCAGGAUCCCUCCCUUACCCCCACGCCCCGCCCCAUCCACUCUAGAGAGCUGGUGCGUCAAAACUCUGACCCCACUUCUGAAACCCCGGCACCACUGGCACACCAAAUCGGAGAGGAUCGCGGCCCCUGGAUCCGCCUGCCAGAUGUGGAACUCCCACCCAAGAUUCCCCAGAGGACAGCGUCUAUUGCCACAGCUCUCAACACCAACCUGAACUCUGGCAUAAGGCAUCCAGUACGGGCCAGCAAUCCAGAUCUCAGCCGCAAUGAUCGCUGGGAGAGAGGAGACUGUAUGAGCAUCAUAUCCAAUCUGCCCCAGACUGGCUCUCUAGAGAGGCAUCGCAUCCUCAGUUCCUCCAAAAUGGAUUCACCCAUUCUCUCCCAUGAUAGUCGUCAUAAGCCAGGGGAGUCUCGCACCUCCUCCCGCCCUGGGCGCCCUGCUAGUUACAAGAGAGCUAUAGGGGAGGACCAUGGCCUCUUUGCCAAGGAGCGUGCUGAGGAGCAGCCAAGGCCCCCAGUCAAGGCCAAUGAUUACUCCUCCUCUUCGGAAAGCAGCGAGAGUAGCGAGGAGAGUGAGAGUGGCGAAGGAGCAGAGGAGGAAGAAAGCCCCACAGAUCGUCACAGGGACGCAGACACUGAUUCAGUCAACACCAUGGUGGUUCAUGAAGACGAAGGCGAGGGGGGAGAGGGAGAGCAAGCUGGGGGAUAUGGCGAUCAGACCAUGCUGGUGCAGAGGACCCCAGAGAAGCGGAGCCAUAAUGGAUACACUAACUUGCCAGAUGUGGUGCAGCCCUCCCACUCCCCCACCGAUUCAGCCACUCACUCUUCCCCUGGGAAGGACUCGGUUUAUGAUUAUCAGUCCAGGGGUUUGGUGAAAGCAUCUGGCAAAUCCUCUUUCACCACCUUUGUGGAUCUGGGCAUGUACCAGACACCAGGAGGUACAGGGGAUAACAUAUCUGUCAGUGGCUUGAGGUUUGAGCAGCUGAAGAUGGAGGUGAGGAAAGGCUCCAUGGUGAAUGUCAAUCCCACCAACACGCGCCCCCCCAAUGACACACCUGAGAUCCGCAAGUACAAGAAGAGGUUCAACUCUGAGAUCCUGUGUGCUGCGCUCUGGGGUGUUAACCUGUUGGUGGGCACAGAGAACGGUCUGAAGCUGCUGGACCGUAGUGGUCAGGGCAAGGUUUACCCCCUCAUCAACUCCCGCAGGUUCCAACAGAUGGACGUCCUGGAGGGCCUCAACCUGCUCAUCACCAUAUCAGGCAAGAAAAACAAGGUGCGUGUCUACUACCUGGCCUGGCUGAGGAACAAGAUCCUCCACAAUGACCCUGAGGUGGAGAAGAAGCAGGGCUGGACCACUGUGGGGGAGAUGGAGGGCUGCGUGCACUACAAAGUGGUGAAAUACGAGAGGAUAAAGUUUCUGGUGAUUGCUUUGAAGAAUGCGGUGGAAGUCUAUGCUUGGGCACCCAAACCUUAUCACAAAUUCAUGGCCUUCAAGUCUUUUGCAGACCUGCCACACAGGCCUGUCCUGGUCGACCUGACUGUGGAGGAGGGGCAGAGGUUGAAGGUGAUCUACGGUUCUUGUGCUGGCUUCCAUGCCAUCGACGUGGACUCUGGAAACAACUAUGACAUUUAUAUCCCAGUUCAUAUCCAGAGCCAUGUGAUGCCGCACGCAAUUGUCUUCCUGCCCAGCUCAGACGGCAUGGAGAUGCUGCUGUGCUAUGAAGACGAGGGCGUCUAUGUCAACACCUACGGACGCAUCAUCAAGGACGUGGUCCUGCAGUGGGGCGAGAUGCCCACAUCUGUUGCUCAUAUCUGCUCAAACCAGAUCAUGGGAUGGGGAGAAAAGGCCAUUGAGAUCCGUUCUGUAGAGACUGGCCACCUGGAUGGUGUCUUCAUGCACAAAAGAGCUCAGAGGCUGAAGUUCCUUUGUGAGAGAAAUGACAAGGUGUUCUUUGCAUCAGUGCGGUCUGGAGGCAGCAGCCAGGUGUACUUCAUGACGUUGAACAGAAACUGCAUCAUGAAUUGGUGAAGGAACAGCUGCUCUGGUCAGUGUGUGGAACCCAGCAGGGUUCGGAGAAGCAAGUGCAUCCGAAAUUCUCUCAAACGCAUGCACACAAAUGCCAACACUUCCCUCCCUUUCUCUCCAGCUCGCUCUCAGUCACGCACCCAUGCUCCAAAGAGACACACACACACACACACACACACACACACACACACACACACACACACACACACACACACACACACACACACACACACACAAACGCACACUGUCAUAGACAAACACACACAUAUACAACACAAUCUUUCAAUCCAUUCCAGCUUACAUGUAUACUCCACAAUUUCUACAGAGGCUCCGUGAUAACAUUAUCUCUGGAAUCAAAUGUUAAUACCAUCUACAGUGUAUUGAUUUCUACUGUAAAUAUUCUUGUCUUGAUUUCCUUUACUUGGUGGACCUGUGUUCAGUCGUAACUGAUUAGUUCCUAAUUCUAAAGUAUGUUUAAAAAAACAUUCCUGUGUGGUUCUACAGUACGUUUUUGAAGUAGGCAUUAUUCACCAAUACUGUAUGUUGAAAUGAAGCUGUAAAUAGGUAGCACCUGACACUUAGAUCUGAAUCAUUUGCAGGUCUCUAAUAUAGCCUCCAUUCGGUGUAUUGCCACCGGCACACAUGGACGUCAAAUAAUAAAAUGCUGGAACGCACAUCUGCAGUGGCUUGUGAAUCCCCAAUGUUUUGGGGCUCCCACAAUUUCAGCGAGACUUAAAGGAAGGAUUUAGUACAAUAAAAUAUUACAAAGGGACAUUAAAGUCAGGAAAAAGUAGCUUGUUGAAGUAUUUUUAGUUUAUGUAUAGUAGACAGUAACCUGAGGCCAGCUUUCACUAACUUUUUCCGGCCUGAAUGGCAAAUGAUGUUGCAACUCUUAAUCACAGCAAGUAAGCCUUGAAUGCUUCAAAAGCAAAAAUAGAUUUCGGUUUAAAAAUUAAUAAGUGAUUAAAAAAAACAACAAUCCGAAGUCUCGUAAAUGUGCAGUACUCAGAAUCAGUAAUGUGAAAUCUCCUGCUUUGCCUUUUUCCUUCUUCUAUGGUUUAGGUGAAUUUAUUAUUUGACUCAUCAGGCUUGUAUCUAAACUUCUCUGUUUUCAUAGAUUUACAAAAUACAAAAAACUGUUAUUUAUAUGUAGUGCUUCUGCAUUGGUAUUAGCCUACUGGUAUACUUAAUUUUACUGUAAUUAUAUUGCCAUUAUAUUGCAAUAUAUGCUAUUCUGUGGAGUCCUUGUUUGAAGAGGGGGGUUUGUAUAUUUGGGUGGUAGUGUUAGGGAGUACAAUGACACCUUUGGAGGAGAGAGAGAGAAGGGAGACGGGAUAUUUGUCACAUUGGAGAAACCUGAAAGGGGGGUGUCACUGAGAUUAUAGUGAUUAAGGGAGAUCAUUUUCGUGGUCCUUUCACCCUCCUACCACAGUGAUCUGCUCUGCUGUAUUAUAUUUCAGUUCUUAGGCUAUUUCGUUAGUGUGGAUCUUUUUUGUGUGAAGUGUUUGUUCAGGGGAUUGCAGUAGAACAGCUCUUAGUGUGGUACAGUUCAUAAAUUGUCUUAGGCCAGUGGAAAGAUUUAAUGUAGGGCGACUCUGCAAUACCACAGAGGACUCCAUCUCAUCAGGCUCUUUGGAGAGGACAGCUGAACCACAUGAGACUUAAUAUAUGACUUAAUAUAUUUUUAUCUGUACACUCUGCCAAAGUUCACAGCAUAUUCUGCAUGGGGGGUAUAAAUCAAGGCCAAAUGGAAUAUUGCUUACAUGGCGACUAUAAAGAUUUUACUCUUCCUACAGAUCACUAACCAAUAUUCCUUUCUGUAUAUACAUUCAAAACAUCAGCCGACUUCGCCGUGUGUGUGUGUGUGUUUGAGCGUGUGUGUGUGUGUGUGUGUGUGUGUGUGUGUGCGUGUGUGCGUGCGUGUGUGUGUGUGCGUGUGUGCGUGGUAUGAGACAGUGUUAUCAGGAAGUAGCUUGGUGAUUAUCAGUCAGCAAUGAGUAGGUCAAAACAUGAAUCAAGCUUUUUGUUUAGUACUUCAGUGUUCCAACAGGUGGAUAUUUUUAAAGUCAAGAUGGUUUUUCGUCACUCAGAUCAUGCAUCUUAUCAGCAUGGAGUUGUUAGUUCAAAAAGUUAGUUCAUGUGCUUAGAAAUAGAAGCUGACAUGUUCAUGUUAAAAGAGCGCAACUGUAUUUUUUUUGUGCAAAACCUUUGGUUAUUAUGAAAGGAAUAUUGGCUAGUGAUCAAUGGGGUAGUCUGCUAAAAGUCGCUGAGAAGAUAUAUUUCCUAUAGGCAAAAGGAAAGCUAUUAAGAAUGCAGUAUAUGUUUAGGGCAGAGAGUUUAAUCAAAGAGUAUAUGAAUAGAUCGUUAAUUUUAUGGUGAGACUAUAAAACAAACUGUAAAUGGGCAUGGAAAGCACUUUCACUUCAGUAAACACACAUUUACAAAUAUAUCUUCAGCAGAUACUUGGUGUGCAUGUAAGCCAUUAAAAUAGAGUAUAUAGUACUGUAUCAAAGUUGUGUUCCCCUUUUUAUCCAAUGUGUUUUUAUUCUUGAAUAUCUGUCAUGUGCCAUGACUUACAUUUCAGAUGUCACAAUUACAAUCUAUUAGGAGCUCUGGCACUUAUGCUUUUUAUGGUCAAAUCAUAAUUUUUUAUCAAUCUGCCAUGUUUACAGUUAAAGCAGUGCCUUGGAUUUGGACAGUGAGAGAUUUAAGGAUUCCCCCCACCCCCCCACGCACACACACACUUGCGCACACACACUUGUCUCUCACACUUGUUUGAAAUCUCAUGAAGAAAAGGCAUAACUAUAUUUUCUUUCUCAAUAUGGUGAUUUAUGUCCUGUGCCACUUAAAGCAACACUAGAGAACUUUUCCCGCUUUGGUCCCCCUACAGGUUGGAAGCGGAAUUGUCCAUUACAUUAC